AGUUCCACGUUACCCACGGGUGUAGCUCCGUCCUCCGUGGCCCCGGGCCUUGACUCUGCACUUGGAGAGCUCUGGUCUCCCGGCUCCAGACGUGCCGGCGCGCUCGCCCAGGGGCGAGGGGGACCAGGGAGAGGGACCCCUGGAAACUGAAUGGUCCCUGGAAGUGACGUCUGUGCCGUGACCGAGGGAGCCCGCUCAACUUUGAUCUACCAGAACUUGCUUCCUGGGCUAUGGGAGAUGUCAGCGAAUUAAAAAUGCAAAUAACACCGGAAACUCCAGGAAGGAUCCCUGUUUUGAAUCCCUUUGAAAGUCCUAGUGAUUAUUCUAAUCUCCAUGAACAAACCCUUGCUAGUCCUUCUGUCUUUAAAUCUACAAAACUACCAACUCCAGGGGAGUUUAGGUGGUCGAUCGAUCAGCUGGCUGUAAUAAAUCCUGUGGAAAUAGACCCUGAGGAGAUUCAUCGGCAGGCUUCUUACUUAAGUCAUUCUCGAAUAGAUAAAGAUGUGGAAGACAAAAGACAAAAAGCCAUUGAAGAGUUUUUUACUAAAGAUGUCAUUGUACCCUCUCCCUGGACUGAUCAUGAUGGGAAACAGCCUUCCGAGCUUCAUCCCAGUAAAUGUCUUAAUGGCAAUAGCGACUCCCCUGUUGGGCAAAAGCUGGUGCUCCUUUCUGAGAAAUGCAAUGCUGCCUGUCAGACUCUGCUGUCUCUUCCUGUGGACUUUAAUUUGGAAGCUGUAUUAGGAGACUAUUUUAGAGCAGACGACUUUGUGGACCAGUCUCCUGGGAACCUCAGUUCUUCAUCCCUCAGAAGAAAGCUCUUCCUAGACGUCAAUGGAAGCAUCUCUGACUCUUUACCUUCAGCUUCUCCCGGAAGUCCCCCUCACAGUGCUCGAGAAUCUCUUGAGGGACAGUUUUCUUCUAGUCCCAUUCAGCACAGUGCAAAAAAAUACAGUUUGGGGAGCAUUAAUAGCCCUUCAGCUAUUUCUUCACCCACUUUCUCACCGAUUUCACUUCAAGUAGGAAAGACACCACUUUCAGAGCAGAGGAAGUUUACAUUUCAUUCCCCAGAGGCUUCAUCCGGAGCAGCCUCCAUUGGGAUCACUAAUCCAAGCAUCAGGAGCCCGUACAUUGAUGGCUGCUCACCGAUCAAAAACUGGUCUCCUCGGAGACACAGGGGUGGUCCUGAGUACAUGUCCUCACUGCUUCAGAUACCGUUCACGCUUGAGACUCACGGGGAGGACGAGGAAGACACCGUUCCGUGUGCAGAGGCCUCUCCACCAGGCACAGAUGCUGCGGCAGGCCUCCUCCAGCAGUUGAACUGUGAGGCCUUGGCACGUGGCGAGCCUUCACUCGUCACUGCCAUGUCUGUUUCACAGAGCCAGUCUGGUACUUCUGAGAGAGAACUAGCGCUGACAGAGGGUGGUGAAAGCGAGAGGGAAAACGACACCGUGGAUAUGGUCGAGCCUAUAGACACAGUGGGCGAAAGCACGUGGAUCAAGGAGCCAGUGGAUAAUGGGAACUCACUCAUGACUGAUUUUGUUAGUGGAAUUGAAAACUCUCAUAUGUGCAUGUCGCCUCUUGCAGAAAGCAGUGUUCUGCCCUGUGAAAGCAGUACUAUCCAGAUGGACAGUGGCUACAACACACAGACUUGUGGAAGUAAUAUCACCGAUACUGUUGGGACAGAAAGCUACUGCAGAGAAAAUGCCACACAGUCCUUUGAAGUGGAAAUGAAAUCUUAAUUCUGUAACAUAAAGCAAGACCAGAGUGCAGAGGUGUUGGAUGAAAACUGCAAGUCCAUCUCAGUGCAGCAGCCCAUAGAGUGUCGAGACCAAAGAUUACCACUCAGUAGCCCCUCAUGUUUUAUGAUGCGAAUAACAUGAUGGUGGCUUGGGUUAAUGCUUCCAGUAAUAAGCGCAGCUCCCUCCUUAAUGUGAAAAGCCGUCCGCAGAGGAAACUAGUAACAAGAACAAAAGCUCUAAGUUGUUAAAUUACAAACUGGUGUUUUAAAAUCAAUAAAUAUUUUUAUAUUUGUUUUGAGUACUUUGUUAAACAAAAAACUGACAGAGCUGAUGGUUUUCUUCUAUCCUACAGGGUCAGUGAACCACUUGUUAAGACUUUGAAUGAUAGACCUGAAUUUAGCAGUUCUUGGAACACAAGAAAAAUGUUAAAAGUGGAUAAAAAAAUGCACUAUAUAUUUUUACAUGAAAACUGCAUGAAAGAUAUUGUGUGAUAUAAAACUUCCCGAAGGUAGAUAGAAAAUAAACUGAAUUCCUUGAAA